AUGGGCCCUACAAGCCGUCUCGCCCGGGGACCUCUGAGGUCAUCUGGCAUAUUUCCCAGCUACGGACUGAGAUGCUCCAGGGUCAGCUCUGUAUCGACAGUCCGAUUUCAGUCGUCCGUUUCCAAGGAAAGCCCAAGUGAGAGUGGAGGCCCAUUGAACGGUCUAAAGAUCCUGGACCUGUCUCGUAUCCUUGCGUUCGCGGAAAAGGCGCCUUACUGUACACAGAUCCUGGCUGAUUACGGCGCCGACGUGAUCAAGGUGGAGGCUGUGGGAAAGGGAGACGACACGAGGCACUGGAGGAUGAAGGGAGAAGAUGGCUCGUGGAAAAGUGACGUGGGCCCCAUAUCCAACUAUUUUUCGGCGGUAAAUCGCAACAAAAGGUCAAUCACUCUAGACUUGAAGAGCUCCGAGGGGAGGGAUAUCUUUUUUGAACUAGCAAGAAGAUGCGACGUCGUGGUAGAGAAUUUCAAACCCGGAACCAUGGAGCGCAUUGGACUCGGGUAUGAGAAGCUGAAAGAGAUGAACAGUCAGCUCAUAUAUGCCAGCCUCUCCGGCUACGGAACCACGGGGCCAUAUGCUGCUCGUGGUGGAUACGACGCAAUUGCUGGAGCCGAGGCCGGACUUCUCCAUGUAACCGGGCAGAGGGAAGGACCGCCGGUCAGGCCAGGUCUAGGUAUCGUGGACAUGGCUACGGGUCUGUACUUGCACGGCGCCAUCUUAUCGGCGCUCCAUGCUCGUGAUCACCUCGGGGAGGGCGGCCAGCGUGUGGAUGCUUCGCUAUUUGAGACGCAGAUCAGCCUGCUCAUCAACGUCGGCAUGUCGUGGUUGAACAUGGGAAUAGAAGCCCAGCGUUGGGGUUGCGAGCACCCGAGCAUUGUGCCGUACGACGCCUUCCAGACCAAAGACCUCUACAUUGUCGGUGGUGCGGCCAACGAUGCUCAGUUCAUCAAGCUGAGCAAGGUGCUCGGCCUGGAAGAGUUAGCGGCCGACGAGAGGUUCUCAGACAACGCACGCCGCGUUUCCCACCGAGAUGAACUGAGCGCGGUGAUCAAGGAAGUGUUCAGGAACAAGACGACGGCGGAAUGGAUUGCCAUCUUCGAGACCGAGGGGCUUCCCUUUGCGCCGAUCAACAACAUCGAGAAGGCCUUUCAGCACCCGCAGAUCAGAGCAAGAGACAUGCUUCGACAGGUCAGCCAUACGGCGGCACAGAGCGGUCGCAUCAACCUCAUCGGACCCUCGGUCAAGUUCGGAACCACCAAAGCCUACAUCAGACGCGAGCCGCCUCUCCUGGGUCAGCACACCGAGGAGAUAUUGGAGGCCAUCGGGAUUCCAAGGGCCGAGGCACAGCGCCUUCGGCAGCAAAACGUUGUCUGA